AAUACAAUCGUGUGCCAUCUUUAUUUUCUCUCCUUUUUCUCUUAUUAUUACUACUUCUAUUCAUCUCUUUUUCCCACUUCUCACUUCUCAUCAUUCAACCGUUCCUUCAUUUUUUUCCUCUCUUUUCUGUUCAUCUUCUAUAUUUUUAUUUUUAUAACAUGAAAGAUUUGAACAUUAAAACAAGUAUUUCCCCUGUUCUUGAUCUUUGUUUAUCUGCUAAACAAAUUACAAAUCUGGAUCUUUCUCAAACCCAAAAUGGGUCGUCACAUUCACUCCCAAAAACAAAUAAACUAUGUUCUAGAGGCCAUUGGAGACCUGCUGAAGAUGAUAAACUUAAACAACUUGUUCUUCAGUUUGGCCCUCAGAAUUGGAAUUUAAUUGCUCUGAAUCUUCAGGGCAGAUCUGGGAAAAGUUGUAGAUUAAGAUGGUACAAUCAAUUAGAUCCAAAAAUAAACAAGACGGCAUUUACGGAAGAGGAAGAAGAAAGACUAAAAGAAGCACAUAGAAUGUAUGGAAAUAAAUGGGCAAUUAUAGCUAGACUAUUCCCUGGUAGAACUGACAAUGCUGUUAAGAACCAUUGGCAUGUUAUGAAUGCUAGAGUUGAGAGAGAAAAAUCAUGCUUUUUCUCUAGAAACAGAAUUUCUAAUAUUAAAAUCAAACAUCAUAAUCAUAAUAAUAUUAUGAUGAUCAUGAAAAAGCAAAAGAUUAUUAGUAAGGAAAAUACAGGAAGUGGGGGUGAAUCUAGUACUACUAUUUCAAGCACAAUUAAUAAUAAUAAUAAUAAUAAUAAUAAUAAUAAUAAUAAUAAUAAUAAUAAUAAUGUGGAGUGCAAUAAUUGUAAAGAAUUAUCAGGUGGUUCUACAACAUCUACUCAUCUUACUCUUUCCAUAAAUUCUCCCUUGGAUGGGAAUGGGAAUGGGAAAUUGGGGAAUGGGAAAGGGAAAUUGGGGAAUGGGAAUGGGAAAUUGGGGAAAGGGAAUGAGAGGAAAACAGUUUUAGAUGGGAGUCAGCAACAACACUUACACCACCAACCAUGCAGUUCUGACCGUCAAAAGGGCACAAUUCAGGAAAGCAUGUGGGAAUCAUCAAGAAAUAAGUAUGGGAACAAAGAUGAAGCUAUGGAGAUAAUCACGUUUAAGGAAUUAUCCGAUUCCAACUCAGAAGCCUCAGGAAUUGUUGACUCGGUUGUUAAUAGUGGGUACUUUGAGUCUUACUGUCCUACUAAAAAUGGAAAACUUAUUAACAUUACUUUCUUUGAUUUUUUAGGGUUGGAACCCACUUCAUUUAGUUAGUUAUUACUCAUUAAUUCUUCUUAUUGUGGGUAAUAAUUAUUAUAUCAAUUAAGAAUUAUUUUAGAUCUUAAAGAGGGAGGCAUAAAUAUAUGUAUUUGCUAGUUCAUGGUUUUAGACUUUUAGUAAUUAGUUUUAUUAUAUAUUAUGUAUAGUCAGUUUUUAAGUUACAAGACAAGAAAAGCAAAUAGAGAACAAUUUUCCUUUUAUGUUCAUUUGGGGUUUUGGGUUACUAUGUGUUAAGUGUUUGGUUUAUAGGGUGCCUUGAAGAGUUUUAAGGGUCAAGGAUUAGCUUCACAACCCCAUUAGGAACAAUUGGUUACUAUGAGUUAUAUCUAAAUGAUAUGCUUGUUGCUUGUAAUUAAGGAUCUAAAAAAUGCAAAGAAGAUACUUGGUAUGGAGAUUUUUAGAGAUAGGAGUAAUGGGUUCUUGUAUCUUAUUCAAAAGACAUACAUUGAGAAGGUGUUUAAAUAAGCUCUCG